AGCCAUCAACCAGCCACCAUCAUUCUCGCGAACAGCUACAGUGGACACAGCUGAAUGAAUCUCGUUCGCGCUCGGCCAUCAGCUCAAGCAACGUCGUAGAAGAAUAGCUGCUACCUAGCUAGUGGCAAAAAUCUCAACAAGAAGAAAAGAAAAAAAAAAAUAAAAUCAGAUUUUAGUGUUGUGUUUUUUCGGAAUUAAUUAAAAACGAUUUGAUGCGCGGUUUUUGAAGUUGGAUGAAGCUAGCAAUAUUUUUCGGCGAUUGGGCAGCGACGUAGCGGUUCUUUCUGUUCCGACCCGUGAAGUUUCGCGAGGUUCGACGAGUUAGUUCGUGGCAGCGAUUUUUGUCCUCCCACCCGACGUGAUGUAGCAUCGGGAUCCGUCCAGAUUCAGAGUGCUUGCGUGUGUUUUCUUAUUUUUUGUUUUGUUUGCGUCCUUGCGAUCCUUGUUUCGCGGAAGACUGCAUUGUGUGAAAAAGGGUGAGUGAAGAAGAGUGAUAAGAGUGAGUCGUGUUUGGUUGUUGCAUCAAUUAUUGUCAAGCGGAAGUUUUAUGUGAAACAUAAUCAAGGACAAGAGGUGUUUCGCAUUUGUGUGCAUGUUGAUAUAAAAUUGGAUCUUGCAUGCUAGAGGUCACCGAGAGGAGAAGAGCGGGGAAACAAAAUGGAAGAGUCACAACAGCUGCACUUUCCCGUCCAUCACAACUACAAUGGCAAUGGGAACAAUAACAAACCGCUAAAUGUCAGUGGACACGACGGGAGCGGCCAAUUGGCCGACAGUGGCUACACCUCGUACCAUUCGUUCAAUGCAUCCUGUUCGGUCGCUCGAUCGGUGGUGCUGGCCACAAUCGAAGAGGACAAUGAAGCGGACAUUAGUUUUGAGGAAGCACGAUCUUCGGCGGAUAUUUCCCAGGUGACCAGUAACAUACUGACCCCCUCCACUGCAGCCAGUAUUGAGAGAAUCUCGAACUUUCAUCUAACCACACCGAACAGUGCCGGUAAGCAAGUCGAACAGCGUCGCCACCUAGCUCGGAAGCCGACCUAUGAAAAUCUGGUCGAGAAACAUACACCGAAAAAGGCUGGAGAUGUAGGUUGCUUCGGAUUCACGGGAAAAUGCGAUCUAGGUAGCCUGACACCACGAAAAAACAAGGAACCGUCCAAGCGAAAGUUCGGCCAAUUCCGCGAGAAGCUUUACUCCGAUGGGGAUGCUAGGCAGCAGGCUGCAUCUGGCGGGCUGGAUGAUUCCCUUGAAGAGGACUGUAAAAAGUUGGACCAGGGAGAUAUUUCACCUAUAUUUCAUGCUAAACGUCGUAGGAAUUCUGUCAUAGACAAUCUUAUUCGUUCCAGUACUCCGAAGACAGCUAGUCUCAGGUCCAACUUUCACGUAGGAGGUAGAGAAAACAUCGAUUGGGAAGCCGUAGAUCAGGGGAAAGCUCCGGGUCCAAUGCGCAAGCCUCUGCGGAAGUUCCAAAGCUUUAGUCCCAGUAAGAUGCACAGCUAUGGGAAGCGCGAUUCGGUACUGCAGGAAAAGUCGGUCAUCACUAACCGUAAAGCACCACUUAAGCGGCAGAACGCACUGCGGGAAUCUUCACUGAAGCAAGACUCAUCCUCAUUUUCGACCCCACGUAAAUCCAAAGAAUGCUCGGUGGAACAGAGUUUUGAACUAUCGCCCGAGAUUCCCAUCACUCCGCAGACGCAAGCUAACUUCGGUGCUCUUCUGGAUGCUCCCAUCCUGGUUCAAACUUCAGCCGAACCUGACUUAAAAGAAACGUACCUGGACCAAGAAAUUUCGCAAAUACCUUCGUUUGAUGACUAUAGCUGCCCAGUUACCCCAGGAAGACAGAAGCUCCCAUCGGAGGAUUCUUGUGUCAUCCGAGAUGCUCCCGUAAGCAUUGCUGUCAACAUUCCAUCGAUACUCGAAAACGAAUCUCUGCUGCUCGGCUCUCUAACCAUUCCAAAAACACCAACCUCGACAAACAAAUCCCGUAACAGAGUGAAGCGUCUCUCUUCGACGAAAAAAGACAAACCCCGCAGCAAACCGCCUUCCCCGAUCCAUCGGGCCCAACCCGUCAUUCCGGGAUCGAACCGCCCAUCGUACGUGGGCGUGGAGCGUCUAAACAUCCUCAAACGUCUGAACAAAUUGGACAAGGAUUCGCUGGGAAUCAUCCUGGACUAUCUGACCGAUAGCGAUCUGGUUCGGGUGGUGGCCGUUUCCUCUGGGUGGCGUCGCAUCGUCGAGGAACACCGUCGAACGCACCGGCGACUGCGGGACCAUUUGGCACGGGAAGUGCACGUCAAGGAGAAUCUCGACCGUACCGGUUCUACUUCGAUUUCCUCGCGCGAUAGCAGUCUGCUGUGGAAAACCGCAUCGGUGGUUAGCUCUGACGGAGGCAAGGAAUUUGCACCGGCAUCGAUCCAGCGGCAGCCGUUCAGUCUGUGCAACUCGAUCGACGGCAACCAGUCGGCCGGGGGCGAGCUCAGGCGUUUCGGAUCGGUGCAGAAGUCACCGCCGGUCAGUCCGUCCAAGAGGAAGUUCCGCGAGAAUCAGAAGAUUGCCUCGCACCUGAAGAGAUCGGAAAGACUGAAACCAUGCCCUCGCUGUGAAAAACCCAGCCGUGUCGUGCUGACCAAAUCGUCCAUCAAACAGGCCCUGGCUACCGGAUCGCUAGACUCGUCCACCGUCCUCCUAACGGUCGUCGGGGGAAAGCUAGAGAAAUCCUACACGUUACCUGAGUCCCUAAUCGAUUGCACCGCCGCCGAAUCCACCAUCAUAGACAGUCCGGCGUCUCCCAUCAAUUCGGAUCGCAUCCGUAAGAACCUGUUCUCGACCAGCUUGCUGCCUCGGUCCCAAUCGGUGGACGUGCAAACUCCGGUGGCGCGAACUCCCCGCCGACGCAUUUCCACGGAUGCCCUCGGAUCGUCCGCGUCGUUGCUUGAACGUAAGCUGACGACCAGAAACGGUAAGAGCAAGUCCGCCGAAGGAAUUCAAUGUGAUUAUGCAGUCUGCAGUGGCAAAAGCUGCGGCUUCACGUUCUGUAUUAAGUGUUUGUGUGAGUACCAUCCGAAUUCGGUGUGCAUAGAUUUGGCACCCAAUUCGCCUAGCAAAGAGGACGAACCGGCGCACAAUGUUGCAUGCAGUAAGCAAAGCCGCCGUUCGUUACUGAGACUACGAAAGUAGGGAGAGAGGACUGUUAUAAGUCAAGCAUACUAACCGAAAGGUAUUUUUUCGAUUGUUUUUAAGCAGUGACAGUUAUUUAUUGCUAUUUUUAGUAUAGGUAAAAGACUAUGUUCCAAGUUUUUCCCAGUUGAUUACUCUUAUUCGCCUAUUUUGUAUGCAUUUCUUUUUUUAAAGUGUUUUUUUAAUCAGUGAUGAGAUUGUACGAAUUUUGAUUUUACCCAAGCACGAUUUUUUUUAAACCACCAAUAUUAUAUAAGGAAAAGAAAUCAGGCAAAAUAGCUUUGUGAGCCUGCUCAUUAGAAAAUUAAUAUAUUUUUGAUUAGUCAAGGUAAAAAACAAACCAACUGCGGAGAAUCAUUCCAUGCUUUUUUAUUUCGCCUUGUAUCUAAACUUGGUUCAACAACAAUCUUAGCCCAGUGUAUGUACUACUCCGAAUAGACAUCCUGCGAAACAAAAGACUUAUGAUGAGAACAAAUUUACUUUUUCUUCCCAAAGAAGUAUUUCUUAGCCCUUUUUUUUCUCUAUACGUAGUUAGGUAACCGUACAGUGAACAAGCGGACUUAUGUCUACUGAAGUCGAACAAUGAAGCACUCGAAUAAAUCAAUAUUAGGUUUUUUACCCUCAUGACACAAAUAUGGCUAGUUUUCUGCAAAUAUAGUAAACACGACAUUUUGGAUGCUACCUCGUAAUUUAAAACAAACAAAAUAUUACCCCUAUAAAAAUAAGCUCAAAGAACAAGCAAAAACUUAGGUCAGCUU